CACACGAGCAGUCAGACUACUAUGAAAGUGUGCAUAUGUGUGUGAGAGAGAGAGAGUGUAAGAGCUUGGAGCACGAGGUGUGAAAGCGCAGUGACAGCUGCGGGAGCUGAGACUACUGCAGGUUCAGAGACCAGUGCAGCUCCAAGGAAGAGAAAGAAAAAAUUACUCUGCACCUCUGGGAUAUAGUAUUAAGAGGAGUGGCAAUGUCGUGCACUGGCGUGUGAGCGUGCUGCCUCCUGUACGUGUACACAGCUGGUCAAGUGCACACGUUGGAAACACUGCUGCAAAGGGUAAAGUUUUAAUGACACAGAACCUACAGAAAGACGAACAGCAAGCAACAGUUUCAGCAAUGAGCUGCAGGAAGAGAUGCAAGAGGGAGAUCUUAAAGUUUGCCGGUUACCUCUUCAGAUUCAUCACUGGCACGCUUAACACAGACAGCACUGAGGAUGAGCUGGAGCUGUCAGCUGUGCGCCAUCGGCCAGAAGCCCUGGAACAGCUGGAAGCCCAGACUCGCUUCUCUCGCAAAGAGCUACAGAUUCUCUACCGCGGCUUCAAAAAUGAGUGUCCAAGUGGUGUGGUCAAUGAGGACACGUUUAAGGACAUUUACGCACAGUUCUUUCCACAAGGAGAUGCCUCCACAUAUGCACAUUUUCUCUUCAACGCAUUCGACACAGAUCACAACGGAGCAGUGAGUUUUGAGGAUUUUGUAAUGGGCCUAUCAAUAUUGCUACGAGGCACAGUCCAGGAGAAACUCAACUGGGCAUUUAACCUGUAUGAUAUUAACAAAGACGGAUAUAUAACAAAAGAGGAAAUGUUAGACAUCAUGAAAGCCAUUUAUGACAUGAUGGGCAAGUGGACAUAUCCUAUUCUUAAAGAAGAAACUCCAAGACAACAUGUGGAGAUUUUUUUCCAGAAAAUGGACAAAAAUAAGGACGGCGUUGUCACCAUUGAUGAGUUUAUAGACUGCUGCCAAAAUGAUGAAAACAUCAUGAGAUCGAUGCAGCUUUUUGAAAAUGUCAUUUAAUAGCCGGGGGGACAGCAUGCCUCUGGUGGCUUGUCGACUCAUGCGAGCACCUUUCCGCUCCACAUUUAUCGUUAAGAUAAACGGAUCUGAACUGAUGGCAAACACUCGACCCAGUAAACACCAUUCUUUUCGAGUUCAACCCACAUUUCGCUUCUUUCCAUUACGGCUCCCGUAUAGAGGUCAUGCUUUCAAUUAACAACUUACAACAAUUGCCAUUUGAAAGGUUUUGUUGUGCAUGUAGUAUAUUCUGAACACCACCUACACACGAGGUCAUGCUGAAACCGAUUACUUGUAAUCUCUCAGCCAUGUUUCAUUAUGUGUUCCCGAUAAUACUGAAAGAAAAUGACAAUAUUGUUUUUAUUACCUCAUAUAGCAGUAACAUUUAUUUCUACUCUUAAUAUUUUGUGAGAAAGACUGGGAGAUUUAGGCUUGGUCAGUUUGAUCUGUCCUGCAGGAGCAUGUUUUAUACACACAGUGCAUGUGGAAUCAGUUUUGAUUGAUUGACUGUAAAUCUGUAAAUAAGUCAAUUGGUGUUAACUCGCCCAAAGGCACAGAUAUUUUGAUUCCAGAAGCUUCAUAAGACAAGAGUCCCCUCUCUCUCUCUAUAUAUACAUACACACACAUACACAUAUCAGCUGAAUUUAGUGUAUAUGAAGUAAAUGCAGUUUUCCAACUUUAGUCAUAAAUAGUUGCCAAUCUUAGCAGAAUAACAACUUAAGGAGUGGCAAUGACUUAUUCGGCAUAUUUUUGAGUACCAGCAUGAGCUAUACAGUAUUUUAUUUGAUUUAUGAUCCUUAUUACAGAGUGUGUGUGUGUGUGUGUGUGUGUGUGUGCUAAGAACCUAACAUCCAAAGUCAGAAGAGAGGCACUAAUUUGUGCAAAUGCAGUGUCUUUUAUUUGGAUUUACACUUGAAGUAAAAUUUGUGUUCUAUUUCCAGCCACUCCUGGCACAGGAACAAUGAACAUUGCUGCUUUUUCAUCAUAUUAUGUCGCAAGCUACAAAGAGCAUCCUUUCAUAUUUCUCCCUUUUUAUGUCAAUCCAAAGCAGUCGCCUAUUAUCUCUUUUUUUCCUUUCUCUCUACUGUUUUCUGGGAUUAAAACUGAUUAGCUCCCGCUGCCUGAAUCAAAGAUGUAGGUAGAGCUGAGACCGACUACAGCACAGACAGAACAGCGCGCAUGCUGGGUGACAGAUGUAUGUUUUCUGUCUCCCAGCAGCAUUCGAGAGCACUUGUACAAAGGCAACAUUUGCAACUGCCAUGUAAUGCAAUUACCACCAGCAAUAUGCUUCAUGGCAUGCACUGGGUUCUUUGACAAGCAAGCUGAUUUGUGUAAAAGAAAAUAUACUUCUAUUUUGUGUUAGAAAUAGUCUCCAGUAUUUUUUUUGCUGGUGCUGUGAACAUAAAACUGAGAAAAAUUCAACUUUGUAGGUACACUUUUUAUAUAUGUAUUGGUUUAAUAGCAUGUUUUUUCCUGAUUUGCUGAUAGACAAUUUCAUAUUAAAAAUGAACUCAUUUAAUUAUUGUUUUUUAAAGUCAAAGGUCAAUAUUUUUUUGCAAGUAAUGUUACAUUAAAUUAAAUGUCCACAAUAUGUUGAAAUGAUGUAUUUACAUUAACAUACCGCCACCUAGUGGAAAUGUGAAAUAUGUGCAGGACCAAAUCAUUAAUUGAAGUCUGUUUAAUUUGGGAUUUUGUUCACAUACUUUUGUAAUGUGUUUACAAUCGAAAUUCACACCAACUAUCUUUGGAAACAUGUCACAUGCUGUAGAACUUUUGCAUCGAGGAUGCUAACCUUUAAAAUGCAGCGGAAAUGCUGGGUGAAGGACUGGCAGCUGCAUGUUAGUGAACGCUUCACUGUGUUAGAGACGGUUAGAAAGGGAUGGUACUGAAUAAAGCAGAUCUAGUCACACAUCCCUAUGCUGUUAGAGGACAUAGAGGCAUUAGGUGACAUUGAUUCAAUAAACAGCUCUGAAUGUAUGUGCUUGGUUGUGUUUUGACUGUUGGAUCAGUUUGUGGCAGAAAAAAAAUGAUUAG